CCCUGAGGAAGAUUUGCCCUUCCCGCCAAUUUGCAAUUUUUAUCAUAAAAGACCUCAAAACCCUUGAAACCCUCAUUCAUACUUUCCCGCCCCACAAAAUUAUCGUUGUUCUUGGCUUUCUCCAUACUUUGCAGAGCAUUCUCCAGCGUUCUGUUACGCCGUCGUUCACUUAUCUUUUCGUUCUUUCCUUUUUUUGGUGUUUUCCUUUGUAUUUUUCCCUGUGUUGAGCCAUGUUGGAAUUAAGGCUUGUCCAGGGGAGUCUCCUGAAGAAGGUGCUGGAGGCCAUAAAGGAUUUGGUCACAGAUGCCAACUUCGAUUGCUCGGCAACUGGGUUUUCUCUGCAGGCCAUGGAUUCGAGCCACGUGGCCCUAGUGGCUCUGCUGCUGAGGUCGGAGGGCUUCGAGCAUUUCAGGUGCGACAGGAAUAUGUCCAUGGGGAUGAAUCUGAACAACAUGGCCAAGAUGUUGAAGUGCGCUGGUAACGAUGAUAUUAUCACCAUCAAGGCCGACGAUGGGGGGGAUACUGUCACCUUCAUGUUUGAAAGCCCCAACCAGGAUAAAAUCUCAGACUUUGAAAUGAAGUUAAUGGAUAUUGACACUGAACAUUUGGGUAUUCCCGAGUCGGAGUAUCAAUCCAUUGUGAGGAUGCCAUCACAAGAGUUUGCUCGUAUCUGCAAAGACUUGAGCACCAUUGGUGACACAGUUGUCAUCUCCGUGACCAAGGAAGGAGUAAAGUUCUCUACCAAGGGUGAUAUUGGAAGUGCAAAUAUUGUUUGUAGGCAAAAUACCUCAGUUGACAAGCCAGAAGAGGCAACAGUUAUUGAAAUGCAGGAGCCUGUGUCAUUGACCUUUGCUUUACGCUACAUGAAUUCAUUCACCAAGGCAACACCCUUAUCAAACUCCGUGACAAUCAGCAUGUCCUCGGAUCUGCCUGUGGUUGUAGAAUACAAAAUUGCAGAUAUGGGUUAUAUUAGGUUUUAUUUGGCCCCCAAGAUUGAGGAGGAAGAAGGAGAAUCUUAGUUUUCUUUUGUAUUUGCUUUCCCACCUUUUUUUCAUGGGAGUUUUUUGGUUAAGAUGCUUAUUUCCUCACGGUAGUAUAAUCUGACAACGAUUUAUAGAGAAUUUUUUUUUUAGCUCCGA